AUGGACGCCAUUGUAGCAGAGACCUUUUCGAAAUGGUAUAUUUAUUUAUACGAUAGUUUUGGAGCUCAAUUUCAUGCACCACCGCCAGCACAAGUGUUUCAGUUUGUAUCCAAUCUAUUCAACAUCCUAUACAUACAUAGUCCGCCCAUCGUUCGCACUUACUACAAUAUACUUAAUAAUAUCCCAGUACAAUCAGACAUUAUACCAAUCGCUCUUGCCAUGCUGAUAUUGUACGCUCUAUUUGCUGCUGUUGUCAUGACGAUCAGAGGUAUUGUUCGAUUGGUCUAUGGGUUUAUUCGAUUUAGUAUGAUCAUCAGUAUCAUAGCUGCCAUGAUAUGUGUUGUAUUGCCCUACGUCAAUCAGUUGGAAAGGAAUAGUCUCUUUAAUUUUGAAAACUUUGUGUUUUCAGCAUCACCAACACACACCUUGGAGAGGCAACCUAUUUAA